CCAACACCUGUUAGUGCCUUAUUACAUGCUGCAACUAUGGUAUGUUCUGGAGUAUUUGUAUUAGUAAGAUCAUCAUUUAUAUUAGAAUAUACACCAUCAGUAUUAAUAACAAUAUUAUGAUUAGGAGGUAUAACAACAUUAGUAAGUGGUUUAAUAGCUAUAGUAACAAAUGAUAUAAAAAGAGUUAUUGCUUUAUCAACAAUGUCACAAUUAGCUAUGAUGAUGUUAAGUAUAGGUACUAGUGCUUAUGAUUUAGCUAUUUAUCAUUUAUAUUGUCAUGCAUUCUUUAAAGCAUUAUUAUUUAUGUCAGCAGGUUCAAUUAUACAUAGUUAUAUAUCUGAAACUCAAGAUUUAAGAAAAUAUGGAGGUUUAAUAUCUUAUAUUCCUUAUAGUUAUACUACUAUGUUAAUAGCUUCAUUAUCUUUAAUGGCUAUACCUGGUUUAACAGGAUAUUAUUCUAAAGAUAUUAUUAUUGAAACUUUAUAUGGUUCAUAUAGUAUUAGUGGUUAUAUAUUCUAUUAUAUAGCUACUGCUUCAGCUACUUUAACUUCUUUAUAUAGUAUUAGAGUUAUGUAUUUAACUUUUUAUAGUAUUCCUAAUGGUUCAAAAUAUACUUAUUCACAAAUACAUGAAAGUAAAUUUAUGGCUAUUCCAAUGUUUAUUUUAAGUAUUUAUUCAAUUUAUUUAGGUUAUUGAAGAGAUACUGUUGUAUUUGAUUUAACUUUAGGUUUACCUCAUACUAAUCAUUGAAUUGAAACUGAAUAUACUAUUCCUGCUAUAUUUAAAUUAUUACCUUUAAUUUUAGGUAUUUCUUUAUCUAUUUCUUUAUUAUAUAUUUAUGAAUUUAGUUAUAAAUUAUUUAAUAAUAGUUUUUAUACAUUCUUUAAUAAUCGUAUAUAUUAUGAUCAAAUAUUAAAUAAUAAAUUAAUUAGACCAGUAUUAACUUUAGGUGGUUUAUUAAAUACUAAUAUUGAUCAAGGUUUAUUAAGAGUAUUUGGAAGUACAGGUAUCUCUAGAUUAUUAAAUUCUAUUAAUAUUUUAAUUAUUAUUAAUAUUAUAUACAUAUUCAUUGUUUAUUUAUCUAAGAAUUAUAUAAUAAAUAUAUUAGGU